UUCGCAUUAGUGCAUCAAAUAUACAUCCGUUUGGACCCGGGUUUCCCAGAUCGGAGGAUCGGAGGUUGCGUGACCUUGGUUAUAAGCUCAAACCGGAGAGUGUGGAAGUUGUUCCUUCUCACCACUAACACUCACAAUCGCGACGAAAACAGCCUAGAACGAUGGUACGUGCUCAGGGUGGCCUACUCGAUAUUGUGCCGGCUGGUGUCCUUAGUGGGGACCAGACUCGCAAACUAUUCGAAUAUGCCAGGGCGCACAACUUCGCCAUACCAGCCAUCAACGUUACAUCCUCCUCGACGGUCGUAGCGGCCCUGGAAGGUGCUCGUGAAGUUAAAGCCCCCAUCAUUCUCCAAACCUCCCAGGGCGGAGCGGCCUACUUCGCCGGUAAAGGUUUAUCCAAUACCAACCAGGAAGCAUCCAUAACUGGCGCUGUCGCUGCUGCCCACUACAUUCGGGCUGUCGCCCCUGCGUACGGUGUCCCUGUCGUCCUUCACUCCGACCACUGUGCCAAGAAGCUCCUGCCCUGGUUCGAUGGCAUGCUCGAAGCGGACGAGGCUUACUUCAAAGAACACGGCGUUCCACUCUUCUCUUCUCACAUGCUUGACCUCUCUGAAGAACCCAAGGAGGAAAACAUCGGGAUUUGCAAGAAGUAUUUCACCCGUAUGGCCAAGAUGAAUCAAUGGCUUGAAAUGGAAAUCGGUAUCACUGGUGGUGAAGAAGAUGGUGUUGACAACACCGGAGUGGAUAACGCUUCGCUUUAUACUCAGCCAGAAGAUAUUUGGGAUGUGUAUGAUGGCUUAAGCAAGAUCUCGCCCAACUUCAGCAUAGCGGCUGCGUUUGGAAAUGUCCAUGGCGUCUAUAAACCCGGGAACGUUAAGUUGAGACCGGAGAUUCUCGCUAGGCAUCAGGUCCACGUUAACCAGAAGCUUGGCGGUAAUGAUCCCAAGCCUCUCAAAGGGGAGAUUAAGACAGCUGUAACAAGCGGUGUGGUCAAGAUGAACGUCGACACUGACGCGCAAUUUGCAUACCUCGCCGGCAUUCGUGACUUUGUUCUCAAGAAGAAGGAUUACCUCUUGACUCAGGUUGGGAACCCCGAAGGCCCUGAUAAGCCAAACAAUUCUACGAUCCUCGUGUUUGGGUUCGCGAAGGUGAAAAGACUAUGGCUGCUCGCGUUAAGGAAGCAUGUGCCGAUCUUGGAAAUAUCAACACCUUGGUGGAUGAUGCUGACAGGAAAGAUGCUUUAUGAUCGUCCCUGGUGUUCCGCCUUGCAUCGAGCUUUGAUUUAGUGGUCAUUUUUGAACAUGAAGUGUAGCUACAAUUUACGAAAAACGAAAGUCCGAUAAAA